AUGCCGCAGUCCAAGAAGUCUGUCCCGUUCAAACGCAGCUGCCUUCGCUGUCACGAGCGAAAAGUCCGUUGCGACCGAGAGCACCCCUGUAGCCGGUGUCUCCAAGCUAAGGUCAAAUGCUUCUUUCCAGAGAACAAAAGAGCUCCAAGGAAGCUUAAACGACCUCCAAUCGCAACUAUAUUGGGCCAAAUUAAAGUUUUAGAACAGGAGGUGGAGCGGCUACGGGCCCCAUCUGAUAUAAAUAAUGACGAUUCAACUUUCCGUCAAUCACAUGGGAUUAGUGAGCCAAUCCAUACGCAGGUGCAAACGCCAGACACGCAAGUCUCACUCAGCGGUCGGGAAAUUCGUGAAUAUCCGGCUUACCCUAAUAAGGUAGGCAAGAGGAUUCGCGAGCCCCAACUUGCACUUGAUCAAGUAUCAAAUAUGGUACUCGGUGCCCCUAGCGCCCACGAACCUUCCACUAGCCCUCUCCAUUUACAAUCUGUCGGCAUUCUAGGGUUGAACUCUGAGCUGGAAGCUGAGGCCAGGUAUGAUCAAUGCCUGCAGCCCCCGCAGAUCCAAGCACUUUGGAAACUUUACAAGGAUAAUAUUGCGCCUAUGAUAGCUCUCUUGCAUAAGCAUUCGAUCGAGACCAUGAUCCACGAUGCGUGCAAGAAAACGAUCGCAAACCUUGGAAUUGGGUCUGAGACUCUCAUUCUCGCGAUCUGUUCCUCGGCUACAAUCAGUGCAACGCCAGAACAGUGCUUGUCGAUCCUCGGCCAGGAUCGCGAUGUUGGCAUUCGUAAUUUCCGUCUAGCUGUUGAGCGAGCUUUAGCACGAGCGAACCUGAUCAGUUCUCAAGAUUUUCAAGUUCUGCAGACCGCUGUACUUUUCCUAUUAUGUCUGCGUUGGCUCAAUUCUAGGCUAGCGUGGGCAGAGACAGCUAUCGUGAUACGCGUAGCACAGCGACAAGGUGUUCAUUGA